GUAGGGAAGGAAGGUUUGGAAGAGCCCUCACUUUGGUCUUGAAUGCCUCCAAAGCUGAGGGUGUAGUUUUUCCACCAGCUUUAAAGGCAGAAGAAGUAGUGAAGAGUGGCAGAGUUUUAUGGAGCCAAAGGGAUCCCUGUACGUGAGUGAUCUAUGAAAUGGCAGAGAAUGGAACAGAUUGUGACCAGAGACGUGUAGGAAUGAGCAAAGAACAGCACAAUGGAAACUUCACAGAUUCCUCUUUGUUGAGUGAACGGAAACGAAGGGACCGAGAAGAGAGGUUGAAUAUUGUCCUCUGGAGACAACCACUUGUUACCUUGCAGUAUUUUUUCCUGGAAACUCUAAUAAACUUGAAGGAAUGGACCAUAAAAUUGUGGCAUCGGCGAAGUAUCCUGGUGUCUUUUUUACUGCUGCUUGCAGUGCUUACAGCUACGUAUUAUGUUGAAGGAAGACAUCAACAGUAUGUGCGGUACAUGGAGAAGAAGUUCUUCUGGUGUGCCUACUGGGUAGGACUGGGCAUCCUGUCCUCUGUCGGACUUGGAACAGGUCUUCACACCUUCCUGCUCUAUUUGGGUCCACACAUAGCAUCGGUUACUCUUGCUGCCUAUGAAUGUAACUCUGUUGAUUUUCCUGAGCCUCCGUACCCGGAUCAGAUCAUCUGCCCUGACGAGGAGGUGAGCGGCGGAUCCAUCUCUCUGUGGGCGAUCAUCUCAAAAGUCAGGCUGGAGGCCUGCAUGUGGGGUGCUGGCACAGCCAUUGGAGAGCUGCCUCCAUAUUUUAUGGCGAGGGCGGCCCGACUCUCUGGUGCUGAACCUGAUGAUGAAGAGUACCAGGAAUUUGAGGAGAUGCUGGAACAUGCACAGACUGCACAAGAUUUUGCUUCCCGGGCUAAGCUGGCUGUCCAGAACCUGGUACAGAAAGUUGGGUUCUUCGGCAUUUUGGCCUGCGCCUCCAUUCCCAACCCUCUGUUUGACCUGGCCGGGAUAACAUGUGGACACUUUCUGGUUCCCUUCUGGACCUUCUUCGGGGCCACUCUGAUUGGGAAAGCAGUAAUUAAAAUGCACAUCCAGAAACUUUUCGUUAUUAUAACAUUCAGCAAACAUAUAGUGGAGCAGAUGGUGUCCCUCAUCGGUGCUAUUCCAAGUAUAGGUCCUUCUCUUCAGAAGCCAUUUCAAGAAUAUUUGGAAGCUCAGAGGAUAAAACUCCACCACAAAUCCGAUGGCGGCGCGCCGCAGGGUGAAAACUGGCUGUCGUGGAUGUUUGAGAAAUUGGUGAUUGUCAUGGUUUGUUAUUUUAUCUUAUCUAUAAUCAACUCCAUGGCCCAAAGCUAUGCCAAACGGCUGCAACAGAAGAUGUACUCCGAAGAGAAAACCAAAUGAGCCUGGAAAAAGAACUGGGAACGGGCUUUAGCUGACACAAAAAGUGACGCUUCUUUCCAUACAUUUAAAAUUCGGCAUUAUUCAAAAUGGGGAAAAACUUUUUAACAUCAACUUUGAACUAAGGCAGGUCUUUAUUUUACUUUGAAAAUAAUUUGACUAUUAGGACAGAUGUUUCACUGACAAACUUAGAGGUGUUAAGGUAAGGUAUGGAUGCUUUAUACGUCUGAGUUGUAUUAUAUGGCAUGGACAAGGUCAUGUUAAAUUGUGUUUAACACAGAUGUUGUCCAUCUGAAUUACUUCCAAAACCGAUGGUUUAGUAUUUCCUCAUUUCAUUUCAGACUGACCUAAGGGUAACCUUUAUUUUGAAGGGCGGCUCUUUUGCUUUUUUUUUUUUUUAACCUUAACUUUCAAGACUAUCAAGAUGUAUAUAAAUGAAUUACAAAUUGGGUAAAAACUGUUGCAUGUCCCUCGUGGUAAGGUUAUUCCAUUUGAAUUCUCCGGUGUCCCAUUGCAUUGCACGUGCUCUUGGUUGGAAAAGCCGCCCUUUAAUCGUCACGAUGUUAGCAGAGAUGAUUGAUGUCAAAAUGCUGAAGCUGACGUUUUUUUAUUCUGUAUAUUUAGAAUGAAGUUAAGAUAAAACUUUAUAAAGUCAUCUUUGAUCAUUCCAGAA